AAGUGGCGGCGGCGGCCAUGUUUGCCCCGGCGCCGUGUUCCGAGCAGCUUUGUUGUGGCUCUUUCUCCUCCGUGUGUAGCGGUUGAAAUGGAGGCGACCUGGGGCGCCUUUAUUUUUCAGGCAGCUGAUGUCUCGCAGCAGCAACACCAGCAACAUGUGCAGAAUAACCUGCUGCCGAUAUUGCAUUCAGCCAGUGAGCCUCGUGAGCAAGUCCCAGUGACAACGCUGCCUGCAGCUCCAAAAACCCCUGAUCCCAAAGAAGCGCCAAAGCCUGCGGUAACUGUAGAGAAGAAGGAGAAAACCAGAACACCAGUGAUUUGCAGUUACUGCAGCAAGGCAUUCAGAGACAGUUAUCACCUGCGGCGGCAUGAGUCGUGCCACACAGGAAUCAAGUUGGUCUCACGGCCGAGAAAAGUACCAACCAUGGUUUCAUUGAUGUCGUCGACGCCCGGUGUGGUUGGCACGGCGUCGCUGGUGUCGACCGUAGCAGGGAUGCUGACCACGACAGCUGCCUCCACAUCUACUGUCACCAGCAGCACCUCAGCAGUCACAGCCAGCAAGAAUGCAAACAGGCGAGUGAAGAAGAAUCACGGCUGCGAACUGUGCGGCAAAGCAUUCCGUGACGUUUACCACCUCAACCGGCACAAACUUUCACACUCGGACGAAAAGCCGUUCGAGUGUCCAAUUUGCCAGCAACGUUUCAAGAGAAAGGAUCGCAUGAGUUAUCAUGUGCGGUCACACGAAGGGGGCAUCAACAAACCUUACAUCUGCAGCCUUUGUGGAAAGGGAUUCUCCAGGCCUGAUCAUCUGAGCUGUCAUGUCAAACAUGUUCAUUCCACAGAGAGACCCUUCAAAUGCCAAACAUGUGAUGCAGCCUUUGCCACCAAAGAUCGCCUGCGUUCACACAUGAUUCGCCACGAAGGGAAGGUGUCCUGCCACAUCUGUGGUAAACUGCUGAGUGCAGCUUACAUCUCUAACCACAUCAAAAUGCAUAAUCACAAUCAAAAUCACAACUGCAAUGUCUGUAACAAAGGUUUCACCACGGCUGCCUACCUUCGGGUCCAUGCUCGAAAUCACCACGGUGUCCAUUACAAGUCUCAAAGAUUUGUGUGCGAGCAGUGUGGCCUGCAGUGUCAGUCCCACAAUCACCUGAUUGGCCACAAGAAAAGUCACAUGGGAGAGACCCCAACUUCCAGUGCCUCCUCUGUGGCAGCAGUGGCUUUAAAAGACACGGCUGAGGUCUGCCAUACUCCAGCUCCAGCUCCCGCUCCAAGCCCUGUGAAUAUAACAGUCAGACCCGUGGAUAGUGUGCCUUUCCUAUCCCAGGUCUUGCCAUCAUCUCCACCUUGGUGAAAAGUUUUGAAAGCAGCUGCCAUGCUAUCAGUGGCUGAAUUAGAACCUACCGAUCAGCAGGUUUGCUGUUCCCCAAAAUGAAUUAAACCCAGGAUCUUCACUUAAUUCUAUCAAGUAGAAGAAGAAGAAGAAGAAGAAGGAAAAAUCUUCUGGUUUUUCUCCAAGGAGAAAAAGAAUCGGUUUGUGGUUUUACUGACUAUGUAAAAUUGUGGUCUAAUGUCCAGACUCUGGAUUUAAUGACUAGUUACAAGUAGGUUAUACAUCUGUCUGCAUCAUUCCCGUAUUUCCAUCUGGGAAUAGGUUGGUGUUCCAUGUUUCAUCAGGAAUGGACACUAGUACAAACAUCUGAAAAAUCCACACAGCAGUUAUACCGAUGGACACUGUUCUGUCAGAACAGGAAUGUGAAACUGAUUGCAAUUAGUGGAAGGCUGAGGAAAUGCAUGUGGAUACUCUUUGCUGUAUGUGGUCACCACUGAUAAAUCAUCUUAUUGUCCAAGUGAAAUUGAUUAUGCUGGGGAAUGAUAGACAUCAAGUGGGGGAAAGAAACGGAACAAUUCCUAGAUGGACAGCCUGGAAUGUGCAGGUGUUUAAAAUGUUAUAUAGUACCUGCACUUAUCUUAGAAUCUGUAUUCUCAUAAAUUGUCAUUUACUAUAUAAGCGAGUGUGGAAGUUGCUUUGUUUAAAAGAAUUCUUUGUUUAAAAGAAUGCUUGGAGUCACAUUGGUGUUACAUUGCACUGGUGUAUGAAUUCCCCUAUAUUAAUGAGGGCUUGAAAAUGGGCAUCAAAUACAAGACGGUGCUGGUUUUUAUUGUACUGUUUUUUCUGUGGCUCCAGUUUUUGGUUUUGCUGUUUGUUCUUUGUGAAAAAGUAAACACACACAUGCACACACACACACACACACACAUACACACACACACACACACACACCUUGUGCUUUUCAGAAUCACAGGUUGGUUACAGCACGGAGCCCCUUGGAGAUCAUGGUAGUGCCACGAAAGAGCAAUUCAGCUAGUCCCUCUUCCCACAACUCAGCACAUAUUUUCUUUUCCGAUAUCUUUCCAGUUUUCUUAUGAUUGGAUCAGUUUCCACUGUCCUUCUCUUUCAGUGCAAUCCAGGUUCUAGACUAUGAUAUUUUUUUAAAGUUAUCGUAUUUUAUUGUUGGCUCUUUUUCUUGUCAUCCAUCUCUAUGCAAAAUUCUCCAGUCCUUCAACUUUAUUGCCAAUAGGAACAGUUUCUCUUCUCUGUUUUGACCCUUCAUCAUUUUAAGUAUUUUGCACAACCUUCUCCACCUCUCAACUUUGGCUUCUCCACUACAUCUGGGGAACCAAAGUUCCUCAUCUCUGGAAUCAUUCUAAUUAUACUAUUCUGUUGUCUCUCGAAGACCUUCAUUUCUUUCCCAAAGUGUGAUGCCAAAAAAGGCACAUGGUACUCCAGUUAUAGGCAAACCUUUUUUUAAUCACACUUCAUCAUGACCUCUUGCUCUCUAUGCCUUUAUUCAUAAAAACCAAGUUUUUCUAUGCUAUGUAGUUGCUUUCUCAGCCCUGUUACUUUUAACAGUUAAUGCCCAUAUGCCCCAAUCUCUGUUGCUAUACCAUUUUAGAUAAUUGUUGCCUCUAGAAUGUGUUCUUCAAGUGUAGAAUUUUAUAUCCAUAAAUACUGGGACUUCGUCAAAUUUGAGGUCUGAGAAGUCCAGCAUUCUGAUAAUUUUCGUUUGAACCAGCAGAUUUUAGAAACAAAUGGUAGUUAUAAUGCUAUACUGAAUUUGUCCACUGCAACACUGGCAGUAGUCUUGAGGAAGUGACCUCUGUAUAUCCAGGUCCUAAAUUGAAGUAGCCUUUUUUCAUGAAGGAAAUGGUUGACAUUGUCUCUGCUUUGUUUCUCCUGACGUUAUUAAUGAUUUCAAGACAAAUGACAGUGACAGUUUUGGGAAUCUCUGUGUUGGCACAUCGCUCCCUGCAUGUAUUUCUUCAAAACUAACAGUCAUGUCUUAUUAUUUAAAAAGACUACUUUUAAGUGAGAUUUCUGUGUACAGAAUCUUUCUGAGCACCACUUGCUUUUUUUCUGUUGGAUUGCUGAUUUGUUCAUGGUGGCAUUUCCAGUGCCCAUGAAUGGGUAAAAAUAAAACAUAUAUUUAAAAUGUUUUGGGAUCCAAUGGAUAACUGUCCUGAGUCAUGCAAAAAAUGAAAGAUCAUUUUUGGAGAAGUGGUGAAUUGAGCAGAAAUCCCUCUCCUAAUCUGAUUGCUGCCUAGCUGUUUCUGCAUGUGGAUUAGGAUUGAUAAAACAGCCCAUGUGUUAGAAUAUCCAGCUGAUGCUCAUUGUCACGGGUCAUGCAUGAAAAAUGGAUAGUGUGAGGCACUAAAUGGAUGUGGUUGCCUGCAAAGGCAAGGGCAGUAGGAAGAAAUAUAGGAAAAAAAACUACUAAUUGAAUUGUGCACUUUAAUUUUUGAGUUGCUCAAUUUAUUUUCCAUGACGAUUGAAAUGUUGACUGACCAUCAUCAUUCUUCCAUUUUUAUGGCACGCCAAACAGACAAGAAAAGGACCCACUUUGUUUUUCUCAUGGAAGUUUAACUACGAACCUGUGGUGUCCAAGACCAGAUGUAAUUUUGUUCUCUUAAAUGUGCAGCAUUUUGGAAAUUAUUUCCUAACAUGAAAUUUCUCACAGUUACUCACUUUUAAUUUUGUUUUACAAUUCAGUCUUCUGCGUUUUAACUGUCCUGUAUUUUUAAUGAGCUACAGUACUUAAUAUGCUGUGGUUUAAUUUUAUGCCAGUUCAUGUGGUGAUAGUCCUGUAACACAUUUUAAAAUCCAAAAUAUCCCAUGUCCAUAAGUCAUUGGAGUACUGUAGUUUAUAGUUUCUUACAGAGGAUUAGUCUGCCUCAUUUUUGUGAUUGGUGAUUGCACUUAUAGUAUGAUCCAUAAUUAAAAAUUCUCAUAAGCACAUGAGGGUUUUAAUAUUUUUUAUUGCUUUUGUUAUAUCAGAACACUCUUUACUCAAAAUGUAAUCUUACAUGCAUAAAAACAUCAAUUUCUUUACUAUCUGAAUAUCAAAGUUUGUGUCUGAUAUAGUACAUUGUAUCGGAAUUGAGGAUAAGUUCUUCAAAUUUGGGUCCUUUUCCAAUUUUUCAUGCAGGAUUAAGUGGAUUAUUGGGGAAGUACUCUUUGAAAGGACAAAGCAACAUUUUUUUGACAGAUGUUGUUCUUCAUGGGAGUGUCCUAAUGAAAAAUAGAUUGGAAUUAAACCAACUAGUAUGAAGAUUAUAGAAAUGUCCUGGGUUCAAAUAAAAGGUUUUACUUUAAACUAAAAUACCAUUUGAGGGAACGAACAACAAAAAAGGAAAAUGUCAAAGGCUGGAAAUGUACAGCCAUUCCUUCAUUAUGGAGCACAAGGAAACGGAAGUUAAUGUUUAGUAUUUAUUUAUAACAAAACUAUUUUUUGCCACGUCACUAUGCGUUUGAUGAAAUUAAUAAUUGUAAAUUAGAGAAGAUGGCCAAUUUUCCUUAUCAUUGCUUUUCAUGUGCAUAUGUUGAAAUACUGUUUACAACUGUGCUCUGUACAGUGAUGCUGCUUACUACCUCAGCAACCUUUUUUUUCCACUUUCCUCCUUGGGAAAUAACACAACGUGACCCAUUAUACAUGUUUAAAAGUUGUUGAAUUAUGCACCCUGUUGUAACUUUAACAUGUUUUUGCUGACCUAUUUUGUUACAAUUAUGCAUUCUGUAUGUAUGUAAUGCAUUGCUGCAGUAUUUUAUUUUACUUAUUCUGCUUUAUGAUUUAAUCAUGGUUGAAAGCAAUGAUGAUUUUGCUGCCCAAGAUACUUACUGCCUUAUUUCCCUAAUUGAUGAUGUCAACUUUGGGUGAUCUGUGUUUUGGGGGGGGGAAAGAGAUUAUCAGCUUUUAUAAGGAAAUUAAACUGUUCUGUGUCACCUAUAUAAAAAAAAUAUAAUUUAAGACAGUUAAAUAAUUGGCCAUUCCUCUCUAGGUGUGCUGUUGCUAUGUUUGCAUGUAGUUCACUAUGCAUUUAAUGGCAAAACCUUCACAGACCAUGAAUUAUAAUGCAUUUUCAUUUGCCAAAUAAUGGUUUACUAGGAGUAAAUUGAUCAUGUUGUGCCCUGCACUUUGGGUGCUCAGCAGUUAACAACUGGUAAGGAUUUCUUUAGUUUGACUUCUGAAUCUGCAGCAGUUUAUGGCUGAUACAAGAAGGCCUGAAAUUUAACGUUAAUGGAUCUGGUUCACAAGUUCAAAUAUUAUUGAUGAAUAGAAAAAUGAAUACAUUGAAACAUGUGAUGGUUGUAAAUUUGCACAAAAUAAAAUUGCAUAACCAAUUGGAUUAAUAGAGGGAAAAAACUCAAUGUUUUCAGGCGAGGAAUACACCAUUCAUAUCAGCUCUGAUCUUUACUUCUAGUACAAUGCUAAUCUAUUGAUUCUACUCUUGGAACCCAGUGUGGUCUUCAGUUGUUUUAGCCCAUCCACUCCAAGAUUUGACAUUGUGUGUUAAUAGAUGCUCUUCUGCACCACAGUUGUAAGGCAUGGUUAUCUGAGUUACUGGUCACCUUCCUGUCAGUUUGAACCAGUCUGGCCAUUCUCCUCUGAUCUCUUUUAUUACAAGGCGUUUUCACCUGUAGAGCUGCCCCAUCUGGCACCAACAAUCAUUCCAAGGACAAAAUCACUUAGAUCCCAUUUCUUCCCCAUUCUGAUGUUUAGUCUAAACAACAACUGAACCUUUUGACUGUGUUUGCAUGCUUUUAUGCAUUGAGUUGCUAUUGCAUGAUUGGCUGAUUAAAUAUUUACAUUAAUGAGCAGGUGUACCUAAUAAAGUGGCCACAUAUCCUUUUGGUCAACUAAGGAUAGUUUCUAAAUGGCAACCUUACAAUGUACAUACACCAACAAUAGGACACAAACUUGUUUGAAAGAAGUGACAUGGAUUUUGUUUUUCAGUUAUUCAAUUCAGCUUGAAAUAAUAUCACAUUUUGACGUUUUCCUACUGCUAAAAGUGCUUCUCCGUGCUCUGAGUUAAGGAGAAAUGUUUGAUUUUUGACACAAUAGUGUAAUUUGCAUGAGCAUUAUGGAUUCCCCAUAGUCACAGAAAUUGAAAUAUACAUUUAACUGGUGAAUACUUAAACCUAACUUUGUUGGCAACAUUUCCUCAAUUAUACUGUUCCUGCAAAGUCAGUGAAGUGCUACAUGGAACGUCUUAUUGAAUGUAGAACUUUUAUAAGAGAAUUAAAUUAGAAUUGAGAAACACUCUUUCUAACAGUAUGGUAGAAGUUUAGAAUCACCUCCCCCCUUGAUCUUGAGCCUUCAAGAUAAAGUAUUUGGAACAUUUUUAACAAGAAUGGCAAUAACAUAUGAAUAAGCCAAGAUCAAAUUAGUAGGUAGAGCAAAUGCAAGUGAAUAAAUUGCACUUUUUUUUGCUGUAGAUCUCUGAACAUUAUUUCAGGCAGCAAUGUCCAUCAAAAGUCAAUGAUUGUUGAUUAAACUGGAGAGAUCAGGAGUUGAAAUGCAUGUUAUUGAUCCAUUGUUCACAGAUGCUACAUACUGGGGAAUAUAGGAAGGAAUAUUUUAACAUCUCCAUGAGGAGUCUGUACUGGAGUGAGCUUUAUACUAUUUGUGUUUAGACCUAUGUACAAAAACAUUGCAAUAACUUUUCCAAGUCAUUAGUUUUAAAAAAAAUGAAAUGGGAAUUUUAAAAUAAAACAUGUCUUUGGACUGACUGUUAGAAGUGGCAUACCUUACUGAUGGAGUUCCUAUAUUUUAAUUUUACUGUUGCUAAUGUCUGUUUAAGGUUUCUUCCAUGAAUUAAAAAUGUAAAAUGAAACUAAAUUACUUGUUUGAAACAGUAAAACUUCUGCUGGCAGGUUUUAAAUUAACCCAGUAUAGUUCACAAUCUGUACUUUCAUUUUGUCUCUUUAUGGGGGCAAUACUGCUUAAAGUGGUAAUUACCAUCAUGGUUGAGUAUGUGUCCUUUUAAGACCACCUCAAAAAAGAUGUACAGCUGGCUCUUAAUUUGCUAAUGAUACUUCUCAGAUGGUGCUGCAAGGAGCUAGAUUUCUUGGAGCAUCAUUUGUAUACUUUUGAUUUGAAUGAGCCUGAAAAUAUUUCCUUAAGGGAAAAGUUCUCAACUUUUUUCUCCAUGAACCCGGAAUGCUGUAACUUGUGGAGGGGAGGUGCAUUUAUGUUACAAGGAAAUAUUAUCACAAAUGGGUGCAAAUUUGGCUUUGAUUCAUUUUUCAAAAAAGAUUAUUGAUUGUUGUAUAUUAGUCCCCAGUGUCAAGCAUAUGAUGUUGUAAACUCUUCAGUUCUUGAUCUUUAGUACAAAUUAGCUUAUUUGUUAAUUUCUUCUUGGAUAGCUUGUGUUUGCCUCUCCAGCACACCUUCGUAUGCCAAAUUUUGGCAUGCUGAUACAGAAUGGAUUACCUAAAUCAAUUCUUUUUUUUCUAUUAGUUGACCUUUAGCUAGCUUCAUGAGCAAUACAAGACCUAAUCGAACCAGAAAUCAUACCAAAAGAAUAAGCUUCCACCGUUAUAUAUAUCACGUGUUGAAAACCUCACUUUAAACGUGCUGAAAUCUUUUCGUGAAAGUACAGCAACCACUGUAAGAAACUGGAUUUUAGUACUUUUUAAAAUUUGUAGUGAAUUUUGCUAGCUAGUUCCUGAUACUUACCACUCCUGAGGUAUAUUAGUUAUAGGAGCAUAAGACCCAGGAGCAGAACUCAGCCUUCUGGCCCAGCUAGUCUGCUCUGCCAUUCCACCAUGACUGAUCUAUUAUCCCCCUCAACCCCACUUUCCUGUCUUUUCCCGUAACCUUUGACGCCUUACUAAUUAAGAACUUACCAGCUUCUGCUUUAAUUAUACCCAUUGACUUGGCCUGGAGAGCCGUCUGGCAAUGAAUUCCACAAAUUCACCACCUUCUGGUUAAAGAAAUUGCUCCUCAUCUAUUCUAAAGGGCCGAUCUUCUGUUUUGAAGUUUUACCCUCCGGUCCCGGACUUCCCCCCCCCCCCCCCCUCCAAUAUUACAUUAUAUUACACCUGCCGAAGGGUCUCGGCCUGAAAUGUCGACUGUUCUUUUCUCCAAAGAUGCUGCCUGGCCUGCUGAGUUCCUCCAGCAUUUUGUGUGUGUUGUUUGGAUUUCCAGCAUCUGCAGAUUUUCUCUUGUGUUUGUGAUUAUAUUACACCUGCACAUUUCAUGCAUAACAUCAGCAAACUAGUCCCUUCCCACAAUAACUUAAUUGAAAGACUCCACUCUUCAUUCCAUGAAGUUUACCACUGAUAAGCACAGGUACUCUCGAAAUAAACUUAUGAAGGUGUCCUGCAACUCUAAAUAAUAUUUACAAAUAGAGUUCUCAAUUGAGUGUUAUGGAGGCAGCUUAAUACUUGCACUGUAUAUAUAAAUUUCUGUCUGCUGUUCCUGCAGUGAUGUCCACAAAAGGAUAUGAACAUCACAGCACAAACCUCGAAGCUUUCCUAGAAACUAAAGUAGUUCCUAACCCUUUAAAACUGCAGUCUGCAAGCAAAAUAAAAGUAGUUGAAUGUCUGUAAGUGAUUUCAUUUUAGGAUUCAUUUUUACAGUCGCUAAUCCUCCCUAUUCAGGUUUAUAGUCAUCUGUGAAUCGCUUCCAACUACUAGUUUUCUUGCUAGGUCUGUUGGAGUGUGAGGAGCAAAUGUGGUUUCGUGAGUUAGAUCCCUUCCAAGAGAACAUCUGGAGUGAUCAGUGCUGCACUGUUGGCCAUGCAUACCCAUGAGGUAUCAGCACUUGCAGUCAGUGCUUUUUCCAUCAUUGCCUAUUUUUUUUUAAGAUGUAUUUUAAUUAGUUAUGUUUUUGAACACACUAGAUGUACUGUGUUUUGCUAUCAAGCCUCAUCAUCUGCAGCAAAGACACCUGCUGCCAUACUCUGCUUGUAUUAAAUUCUUAAAACUACCUUUUAUGUCUACUGCUCUGCCUAGUAUUUGCAUAUAGUACAAAACUGUGUCAAGAUAAAGAAAAAUUAUUUCUGUUAAAUUCUUGUGUUCCAAUUUAUUUUUUUUUUUGCUUUUAUAUCUUGUGCUGUAUAUUCAGUGUAACUUUUAGCAGGAAGAAAAUGUUACCUGACCAUAGAUUUGUAGAUAACCUGUUCAGUAUGUAUUAUUGAAACUUUGAAUAAAUUUCUUUUUGUUACUA